AUGGGCUUCGGUUGGCGACAGCGCGCGUACUGCGCGCCAAUGCCUUCAUGUUUCUCUGUUGAAGGACCUCUGGAUUCUUCAGGGGCCUCCCUGGGUGCCUCCGCAGCCUCGGGCAGCAGCAGCUUAUUGCCGGCUUCUGUACGGGGCAGCAGCGAAACUUUCUCGGUAUCUACGAGUCUGUCUCAGGGCCUUCUGGGAUGCAUGAACAGCUCUACUUUACCCAACAGCGACAUUUUCUUCCUCCCCAAACCCUCGAAUUUCCUGCGGUGGGGUCUCCCAGUUCUCGUCUUUUUGCCUAACUUGACCCUUUUCACCCGCAGCUGGCCGUUCUACGCCUCUAAAGCUUCCUAA